CUCAAACGCUCAGCCCAGCUACCAGCAUUCGCACGCGUUCUUUGCGCCUCGAAGCUUGCUCGCAUCCCAAAGAAACAACAAACAAAAAACAAGUCUUCUCCCAGCAAUGGCCUCGUUCAAAGCAACCCUCUUCUUCGCCUGCGUUGCCCUGUUCGCGCUCGCAACUGCCAUCCCCGCACCGCAGCGGCCUGUUGCCGCUCGACAGCAGAUCGAGCCGCGUCCGGUUGCGGCAGCGGCAGCGGCGGCGUCCGGUUCUCUCGAUGCAGCCGAUGAGCUGGAGGCCGGUUCGGAAGAUCAGGACCUGAAGGGUGCUUCCUCCUAUGGCUACGGAUACUACGGUGGAUUCCCGGGCUACGGCUACGGAUACUACCCGGGCUAUGCCUACUCCUACGGUUGGGGUCGCUACCCCUACUACCGCUACGGUGGACUGUACGGUGGCUACUGGUACUAGAUACUAGAGGCGAUCACGACUACGACCACGACGGGCAUUUCAUCAGACAAACACAUCCCGCAUCUCAUCCGCGCUUUCGAAGCCGCGCGCUACAUCGCUCAUCGGCAGGAGACACCAUUCUGAUCUGUUGCACCGGUACACCUCUUUCCCCUCCCGCGGCCAACGGGCCCGCAUGCCCUUGGUUCACCGAGUAGAAAGUGCAACGCUUCCCAUCUUCCAUUUCUUCAACACACCUUGACUCAGUCUCUGUAUUAAGCAAUAACGUACCCGCCCCACCCAUUACUCCUACCUGUCUCUGCCUAUGUCUCAUUGUGCUCGAAGGUGACACCAACGUGGUGCGGUGAUGUUCGGUGGUCGAGGAAUGUUUCCCGCUGCCUGAACUCGCUCCACCGCCGGUGAAGCGCAACAUUAAUGCUGCCCCUGUAGUAAGAGAGAGCGAGAGAGAAAACCCAAUCCCUGCCUUAAAAAAAAGAAAGAAAAAAAUCUUUUGUAUAUUAUGGUUAAUCUUCUUUUUUUUUCUAAUAAAAACAAAGCAUAAAACGGUA